AUGUAUUUUUUGAUAUUUGUGUUUGACCAAAUACGGGUAAUAUCCGUGCUGUUCAUGCAGGCCAUGCAGGCGUCUUUUCAUUUUCGCUUGCACGACGAUUUUGCUGCAGAAUACUAUAACAAAUUUUGUACUGGAAACUCUAUUCUACGUAAAUGUUCUCUCGAAAUGGAAGCUGCCUGUGGGCGCUGUUUUGCACAACCCUUAUUACGAAAGCCUAUCUGGAUAAUGAAUAUUCAAAAUGGUCUUCUGCUUAAUAUCUUAAUGCUCUUUGUUCAUGAUUUGCUGCUUGAAAGAGAACGAGCCAUCUCUGCAUUUAUAAAUAAGUUCGUUCUCUUGAAACUCAUGACAAACCCUCAGAAUAUAUUUCGAAACGUGGAAAAAGUUCACUAUAUCAGUAACAAAAAUUUACAGUUGUAUGCUUUAUACGCAUUUUGCACUGACCUCAAGAAAAGCCUAAAUCAGCGAUUCCGUUCUCGUCUACGAGAUAAAACUCAUAUAUAUAGAGGACAGUGUAUACACAGGGGUGAAAAGUUUGGUGUAGUUGAGGGACACGGCCAAAAUACGCUGGUAGAUCACACAAAUGCUAUAAUUUUUCACAAUGAGUCCACUGAUACUACAGUCUCUGUUAAAUUCGUAAAUUUGCGACAUGGUAAAGCUUAA